CUCGAAAUAUCUUUAAAAUCUUCAACCGCGCGAUUCUGAUUCCGUACCCUGAUGAUAUACGUUAAGUUAUUUUAAAAUUAUUAAUUAAGUAUCGCCCUAGUUCAUUUGUAUCUACUGCACAAUGUCGACAUUCGAGCGAACUGAUCUGUUACCGGUUCCAUGUCGAGAGAAGGAAUGUAGAACCAUUUGCGGGGAACGAUUUAUUUACGCCAUAGUUUACAGCAUCGGGGUCCAGUUUGCACUUCUGAUUGUGUUCCUGCUGCUAGUCAACGUCAGCUUACUGCAUCCUAUCGGAUGGAUGCUGAAUUCGCUUAAACUUUUGUGUUCUAUAUCAACAUGGCUCUAUACUAUGCCCUUGAUUAGUGCGAUAAUUUUAUACGGAAUCGUGUUGGCUAAAUCCUACUUCGCAGGAGCAGAAUGUCCAGCAACACGAUUUCAACAAUUACUACGAUCAAUAACUCAUAAAACGGCACUGUUGACGGUAAAUUCUGCUAUCGGCUUUCUUACUGCCUGGUUAUAUACGCGUUUCUUGCGAGAGGAUUAUAGUAUGCUGUUUCAAGCAAACAAAAAUGGAACAUACAUUCUCAAUGAGAAAUAUCUAUUCUUGCUGCUUGGCGGAACAGUAGCGGGAGUUUACUACUUUCUUAAAAACAGAUUCGACAAAUCUAGAGUACACUUUCCUGUUAUACAACAGGCGCGUUAUUUGCAAAUCCGAGCACAAUUGUACUCGAUUUUAUAUCGGUCGCUGUUCCAAUCAUUUGUGCCAACAAUGCUUUAUAUAAGCUUUUUCUAUAUCUUCAGUUGCAUAUAUUUGCGAUAUAAACUGGCAAAUCUGUUCGAUGGAGUUUCUCUUUCGGACGAAUCCUCUCUGGGAUCGUUCUGGUCGAUUGUAUUUGAUGUACGCGUUAUGUUGUUUUGCUGGAUUUUAUUUUCGCACAUAUUGAGUAAUAUGAAACUAAUGCAAAUGAUGAUCUGCCUGUUCCUGACGGAAUAUAAGGAAUUCCCAUUGGAGAAAUCUACAGAGGUUUAUCUGGUUGAAGCUCUGGGAUGUAAGCAGUUUCCCAUCAUUCAACAACUAGCAGCUCUAAACUUAUUUUCGAUUGCUGAAGAAUGUGAUCCCACCCGACGUAAUCAGUUGUACGCUCUAUCGAUCCCCGGAGGGCACGCGUACAACUGGAACAGCGUAUCGAAUGAAUGCAUUCGUCUUAUACGAGAGUUUUCCAUGGAAUUGUGCAAAUCAGUUCAAGAUGCAAAACCAAAAGUGAGCCCGGAAGUAGCUAAGCUGCGGCCCACUGCCUCAAUGGAAGCAGAAAAACUUGUGGCAAAACAAUAUAAUGAAAGCUUUGGCAUUCGUAGUUUAUCAAAUGCAGUGUCUGGAUCAGUGGAAGCUUCUAAACCGCAGACCGGAGGAAUUCACCAGACUGUAGAUCGUCAGCUCAAUUCGUUAUUUCGUUCCAUCCCAGGAUAUCGAUACUUUUUCGAAAAAGUGAAACCCCAAUCGUGCAUUCUGGAGUCCGACCAGUUGCAGCAAAUCGUAUGGAUCAGCCAGGCGCUGGCCUCGCUGGCGGCGCAUUCUAUUACCGAAGACAAGUUCGGAGUGGUGCAGAAAAAUCUGCCGAUCAUUCUCAAAACGCUACUGCAACUCAAGGCAGCAGUAGACCGAGUCAGCUCAAUUCAGCUGGACGUGAAAAGAAUCGAUCGCAACUAUCUCGCUCUCAAGGCGGCCACGAAAAGAAGUCUCUACCGCAUCACGCACGCCUUUGCGGAUUAUCUCGCCGACCUUAGACUGGACCCGCACGAUCUGGAUAUAUUGCAGGGCUUCGUUAACUACAUGGAGGUGUAGUGACACCGAGGGGAUGGGCUUUCGGUUAUCAUUGUUUCCUUAUUGGGUUUUCUAAGGAUUACUCAGUGUCAACGUUAGACGGUUGUA